CGUCCUUUCCUCGGUGUCUUUAGCGCUUGAGGUUGAGGUCGUUUGGAAUGAAGAUAUAAGACCGACGAGAAGCCAUGUGGCCUGGUCAUGAUAUGUGAUACUGUCUUUAUCUUGCGAGUCUACUACACUUGAGUGCUUGUUAUCGUGGUGACAGCUUCUUCUUCCCGUGGUAUAGAAUUUGCCAAUUUACUCGACAUUAUGAGACUCUCAUCUACCCUAUUCUUUGCGGGCGCAGUUCUUGCUGCGCCUAUGCCCAUGCCCACUCCUCCCGGUAUCCCAUCCAGCUCGUCCGCCAAGUCACAGCUUGCAGGCCUCACGGUUGCCGCGGCCAAUGACGACGGCGCAUACGACCGCGACCUAUUCCCAACGUGGGAUACAAUCACAGGCACCUGCAACACACGGGAGUACGUGCUGAGACGCGAUGGCAACAAUGUCCAGGUCGGCUCCGACUGCUAUCCAACAAGUGGCUCCUGGACAAGUCCCUACGAUGGCGCCACAUGGACGGCGCCUUCGGACAUAGAUAUUGAUCACAUGGUGCCGUUAAAAAAUGCAUGGAUUUCUGGCGCGAACAAAUGGACAACAGCCAAGCGAGAACAGUUUGCCAAUGAUGUGGAUAGGCCACAACUCUGGGCAGUGACAGAUAAUGUAAAUUCGGCCAAGAGCGACAAGUCUCCCGACGCAUGGAAGCCGCCGUUGACGAGCUUUUACUGUACUUACGCCAGUGCCUGGGUUGCCGUCAAGAGCUACUGGGCUUUGUCUGUUACCUCAGCCGAGAAAUCAGCUCUAACUAGCAUGCUAAACACUUGUUAACUUUGUUGAAGAGAAGACGUCAGGGACUUCCAGGAAAUUCUUGCUCGUCAAUCAAAAACUCGGUGGCUAGUUAGGGGCAAUUACGGGUGUUUGUAGACGCAACCAGAAAGCUAAACUACGCAAGAGAGAAAGAAGUUGAAGUUUAUCAAGCCAU